AUGGCGGUGUGCGCACGGCUGUGCGGCGUGGGGCCGACCCGCGGCUGCCGCCGGCGCGGCGCGGCCAGGGAGCAGCGCCGCGGCGCCGCCGACAGCGAGCCCGACACCGAUACGGACCCGGAGGAAGCGGGAGGUGGCGGCGUCACGGAGGACGAUGAGGCCGCGGAACGCAUUGAGGGCGGGCGGCCCCUGCCGCCUUCUGUCGAGGCCGGCCCGGCCGGGCGAGCCCCGCUGUCCCUGUUGGAGCUGCCUCCGGAGCUCCUGGUGCAGAUAUUCGGCUCUCUGCCCGGUACCGACCUGCCCAGCCUGGCCCGAGUCUGCACCACCUUCCGCCGCAUCCUCCGCACCGACACGAUCUGGCGGCGGCGCUGCCGCGAAGAAUAUGGGGUGUGUGAAAACCUGAGGAAGUUGGAGAUCACAGGAGUGUCCUGUCGAGACGUUUACGCCAAACGUAUAAACCCACGGGUGAAGUCGGGGCGUUUUAUGAAAAUCCUGCCCGACUACGAGCACAUGGAGUACAGAGAUGUUUACACCUGCCUGCUGCACCGCUACCGGCACAUCCUGGGAUUGUGGCAGCCGGACAUCGGGCCCUACGGGGGACUGCUGAACGUGGUGGUGGAUGGUUUGUUCAUCAUUGGCUGGAUGUACCUGCCCCCUCAUGACCCUCACGUGGAUGAUCCCAUGAGAUUCAAACCCCUCUUCAGGAUCCACCUCAUGGAGAGGAAAUGUGCCACGGUGGAGUGCAUGUAUGGCCACAAGGGACCUCAUAAUGGCCACAUCCAGAUUGUGAAGAAGGACGAGUUCUCCACCAAGUGCAACCAGACAGAUCACCACCGGAUGUCAGGGGGCAGGCAGGAGGAAUUCCGGACGUGGCUGAGGGAGGAGUGGGGUCGGACUCUGGAAGACAUUUUCCACGAGCACAUGCAGGAGCUCAUCCUGAUGAAGUUCAUCUACACCAGCCAAUAUGAUAACUGCCUGACGUACCGGCGCAUCUACCUCCCCCCCAGCAGCCCCAACGACCUCAUCCAGCCAGGGCUCUUCAAAGGCACCUACGGGAGCCACGGGCUGGAGAUUGUCAUGCUGAGCUUUCAUGGGAACAAAGCCAAGGGCACCAAGAUCACUGGAGAUCCCAACAUCCCAGCUGGACAGCAGACUGUGGAGAUAGACCUGGCCCAUCCUCUGCAGCUGCCUGACAUCGAGAACCUGCGAGACUUCAGCGAGCUCUCUCGCAUUGUGCUGGAGGUGCAGGAGCAGAUCCGGCGGGAGGAGCAGGAGCGGGAGCAGCGGCAGGAGGAAGAGGAGCAUUCCCAGCAGCCUGCCAGUCCCCUGGGAGGAGAAGGUGCUGAGGGGGAAGAGACUGCAGCUGGGGCAGAGGGGAAGACCCAGGACAAGGCCCCAGCUUCCCAGCCCUUCGUGCUGCCCAUGGGAGUGAUAUCGAGGAAUGAGGAUUAUCCCCGGACCUGCCGCAUCUGUUUUUAUGGGACAGGGCUCAUCGCUGGCCACGGUUUCACCAGCCCCGAGAGGACACCGGGGGUGUUCGUCCUGUUCGACGACGACCGCUUCGGCUUCAUCUGGCUGGAGCUCAAAUCCUUCAGCCUCUACAGCCGCAUCAAGGUCUCCUUCCAGAACGCCCAAGCGCCUUCCCGGGAGGCCUUCGAUGAGAUGCUCAAGAACAUUCAGUCCCUGGCUACUUGAUGAGUGGUUGGUGACGGACAGGGGUGGCAAAGGCUGCUGCGCUCCCCAGCCGGGGCUGCGGAGGGGAGCCCUCGCUCUCGGUACCUCUGGAUAGAAGCAUGCACUUUGAAUAAAGCCUUUUUACCCCAAAUGUCCACACAUCCCAGUUCAGACAUCCGUGACUGCUCUUUCCUCUGUGCCACUCCACGCUGCCUCCCAGCAGUCCUUGUUUCCCAGUCUGUGCUUUGGAGAGCUGAAGGGAUCCUGCAGGGGAGGGAACAGACCUCCCUUAGUGCGAAAAAAAAGAAUGUAUUGGGACAAAACCGACUUCUGGUCAGAGGAACAGGCAGUGACAAAGCACAUCCUCCUCUCCAGAAACCUUUCUGUGGGUGCAGCGUUGCCAGGAGAGGCUGGUACGAUCCCUGCAUCCUUGGCUUGCUAAUUGGAGUGUGUGGUUUCCUCUGCAGAAUUGCCUCAGCCAGGGCAGGAUCCCCACUGCAGAUGAGCGUGUGCAGCAUUGUCCUGUGGAACUUGAUGGAUGUGCUGUCCCUGAGACCAGAGAUGAUUUUUUUUUUUCUCCUUGCAGGAGCUGGGUGUGGGACUGAAGAUGGGUGUAAAACUGCAAAAGCUCUUAUGUUCAGACUGGUUUGUACCUGAAAGGUUUUCUCAGAUCUUGUCAAGUGGCUCUGAAGGGGCACAGGAAGGAGCCAAAAGAAACCCAGCUGUGAGAUGAGCCCAGAAGGCUCCAGGUGGGCAGCACAAGGUGCCACAUGUCCCCCUGGUCCUGUGUGGCCCCAGGGGUGCCAUUCCUGUUCAGGCUGCCCUUCAGAGUCCUUGUAUUGUGUGGCUUGUUCUGACUCCUGGAGCAGUGGCUGCUGCUGCUCCCCUUACAGAACCCUUCUUUCCCUUUGCAGUUGCACUUCUUUCAUCCCAGAAUGAUUUUGUGGCAGAUCUGAGCUCCACUGGGAAUUGUGUGCUGCAAGGCAAGGGAGCAGAUUCCCUUUGGACUGUGCUGUGCAGGAAAAUCCUGGCCAGUGCUCAUCUCCAGGCUGUGAAUUGUGCUGGAGACCAUCAGCACUAACACAAGCCUUUGUUGCAGCUGCCCUCUGGCUGUGAUGACAAACUCCAGGUCCCUUCUCUUCUCCCCAGAUCAGUGUCUAACAAAACCCUGUCGUUCCAUCUCUGCAGUUUUAGGUCUGUAAAUGUGUCUGUACCUGUGCUGGGAGGUUUCAGGCUCCCUCUGGGGAGAAGUUUCAGUCCCUGCCUGGUUCCAGUGCCUGUGAACAGCUUUUAUUCUCACUCUCACAAGGGCUUUUUGCCAUUUCUGCCUCUCAUGUGUUCCCUCAGCUGUGUGAGAACCCAGGCUCCAGCAGAGACAACGAGCAGCAGCUCAUAUCACUCACAGGAUUAAUUCCUGUCUCUCUGGAUGGAGCUUUCCAAACCUCUGGGAAUUUCAAGGUGAUUUAGGGCACUUUUUGCUUUGUUUCCUGCAGCUCUGUGAGGAGUGGCAGUCCUGCCUCAGUGUCAGGGGUGAGGAGCUGUUACAGGCCUGCUGAAAAAGCUGGGAAAAUGUUGCAGGGUGGGUGUGAGCAGGCUGUAGAGGUUUUCCUGCCAGUUUGGAUCUCCCAGGGCUGCAGAGAGGGAGUGGCUGCUCUCUGUGCCCUGGUGAGUGGGCAGAGAGGUGACCUGGAGCUGAGCUUGGCUAUCUCAGCCUCGUGCUCAGCUCGUGCCUGGUUUGCAGACAGAGGUUUCCAGUUUGGUGCAGCUUUCUGGGACAGCUGAAGAUGUUCAGUGCUGGGUUAAUGGUUGGACUCGAUCUCAGAGGUCUUUUCCAACCUUAAUGAGCCUAUGAUUAGGACUUUAUUUGAUAUUUCAGUGGCUUGUUUAUCUUGGGAUUUGCUGUUAGGCUGCUGCAGUUCUGCUGUGUGUUCUCCCUAACAGCCCAAAGGGGUGGGAGAUGUCCCCUGGGGCAGCUGUUCCCAUUGCCUGUCCCUAAAACCAGCUCUUCUUCAGCUGGACCUGCAGCUCUGAGUGCAGAUUUCUCCCCACUUCAAUAUCCCUACCAAAAAAAAAAAAAAAUCCUAAACUUUCACACAACUGACUUGAUAAUUUUGGCUUUUAGCUUUUAAAUUACGAUUAAUUUUUUUAAAAUGGAGAUUAAAAUCCAGACUGCACUGAUUGUCCUGCAAGUACCUGAGGCUUGAGUCACUCUCUCAGGUACUGACCUGUCUGUAGUCUCUGUCCUUUGUCACCUGGGCCAGGGGUCACCUGUUUGCUGUUGGCACAGGUUGUGCAUCCGCUUUUCUCCCGGCUUCUUUUCCCUUCUGAAUUUCCCGUGGCAGUGCCAAGGAUCUCCUGAAGGCCAGACCUGCUUGGCUGGCUGGAGAGAAUGAUUUUAGUGGAGGCUGAUGCCUUGGGGGAAUUUUCCCAGCUCUGCCUUGACCCUGUAGUGGCAUCUUUUUAUUUAUAACUCACCUGGCUGGCCUCAAAAUGUCAGGAUAAUUCCUGAUUAAAGGCAGAACUGCUGGUACCCCCUGGCUUCAUUCUGUCUGGAGCAAAGGAAAUAGCAAGUUUUGUAUUAAUAAUCCUCCUCUGAUGCCUUUUCUCACCUUGUGCUGCUCCAAGCCUGGCAGGCUUUUGUGGCAUUUCAGAGGAAAAUUCCCUCUGGUUUGGCUGAGGGUGAGGAAAGCUGUGAAGAUGGAUUUGGGAAUGCUGGGGAUGCUCCUGUGCUGGAUGUUCCUUUGUGUUUGGCUCUGUCAGUGCUUCCAGAGCAAAGCAGGAUAACGUGGAGUUAACACUCCCAGCUCUGGAAUCUUUGGGAGAGGGGAGAGACAGAUUUAGGAGCAGGCAGUUUGGAUCUGAUCCCCCCUGGCCGAGGGGGAUGCUCCUGCUUUCCCAGUCCUGCCUUUCCUCCUGGGAGGCUGUGCUGACAGGACACUUCGGUGCAGGCUGUACCACCCCCUGCACAACACUGCAUUCCCCACUCCUUUCCCAAAUCCCAGCUUUCCAGCCCCUUGGGAUCCUUGUGUGAGCUGUUGACAGGGAUAAUGUGUGCUGGGGCCCUGCAGAUGGUGAUCAAUCUCUGCUGCCGACGUCUCCUCGUCCUUUUGGCUCUGCAGGAAAUCUCAGGGACAGUUGGCUGGAUUGCUUCAUCCCAGAUGGGUGGAAAGUGCUGGCGAGGAUGGAAAACAACUUGUCAGGGGUAGGAAUAGUCCUGGCAGGAGCCUUUUGGAUUAAACAAAGCCUUUGCAGGGAGGUUGCAGAGCCCCAGUGGCCACUGCAAGACCUGGAGCUGAAUUCUGGCUCGGGGACAAGAAGUGUCUGGUUCAUGUGCUGGGGAUGGGUUCUGCUCCUCCAUCCUGUGUUGUCAAAACACAUGGAUUUGGCCAGCUGGAAAACAGGAACAUCAAAGCUCCAGUUUGUUUGCCUUGGGCCUGAUUUGAGAGCUGUGAAUGUGCUGUGCUCAGGCGUGGUGGCUGCCCUCCACAGGCAUGUGUCAGGCUGCAUUUUACUGAGGAGACGGGAAAAGGAUGGAAUUGUUUGUAAAUUUGGGUGUCAGCUCUGCUGUGGAGUGAACAGCAGUGCUGCCCUGGAAUGGGACAGCAGCAGUGGGAGGGCAGUUCCUUAGGAAAUGUGUGCUGGGGAGAAAGGGAAUUCUGUGCAAACGUGCCUGGAGGUGUCAGCUCCCAGGAAAAGCCCAAACCGCAGCUGGCUCAGAAUUUACUUUUCAACAAGGAUGACUUUUUCUUGCUUUUUAUUGAUUCAAACCUAGUGGAACUCGAUGGGAGUGUUGGGUGUUGUGUGGAAAUGGGUUGUUUAGGCUCAACUUGCUAGUUUAGGGAAUGAUAAUGUGUUAACUCUGUCUUGUAGCUGGCUGCUCUCAUGGCCGAUAAUCCUCUGUGGUGUUCAGCUGCCAAAGGCUCGUGCUGCCCUUCCCAGUGGGACACUGAAUUAUUUGGGAUGUGGGGUAGGAGAGGGAGGUACCAAACUGUGAGUGCCACUGACGUUUGGGUGCUUUGUGUGCUGAAUUCAAGUGUGUGGUUCUGGUUUUUGUUUGGAUUGCAAUCUUUGGAACUUUGGAGGCAAAGAGCACUUGGCUCGACCGUGUUCAUUAGCUUAAUUAAAGCAAUCUGCACUUUUGUUUUGUCAUUGAUUACUCCCCCUUCCCUGUUCCCAUGUGUAUUUUGCACUCACCACUUUAACAUGACACUGAUAGAUUAAUCUGGGCAUUGCCUGGAGGUUCUGAGUGUGGAUAAGUCUCUACAAAAGCAUUAAAAAUGAAGGAGAAAUAUAAAUCCCUGCUUUGUACAGAGCGCAGUGGGAGGAAACCAUUGCACAUCCACCACCACGAAUAUCCAUGUGGAACAUGAGAAGUUGUACUUUAACCACCUCACCUGCCCAAGGGCUGGGGGUUUGCCUGUCCUUUCCUUGGUGGCUUUGAGAGGAAUGGGAUGUAUGAAAUCAGCACCUGGCCGACUUCACCCCAGGUUUUGGAAAGCUGAGCAAGCCCUGUUGUGUUACUUUUACACCUGAUCAUUGUUACCCAAGGAGCCUUUUCCAAUUUCAAAUAAUAAAAAGCAAAAUUUUAUGAACUUA